GCGCGCACACCGCAACACGUCAUCCGCAAAACUCGCUACGCACGCGCGCGCGCGACAGCAAUGGCGGUUGCCUCGGCGACGUCGACGGCGGCGGAGGAGGAGGUGGUGCUGCUGCGGUGCUUCGACCGCACCAGGGUGCCCGCGCCGGCGGGGCUGGCGGCCGGGAGGUCGGCGCUCGUGGCGGCGGCGGCGGCGGCGGCCGGCGGCGGCGCGGUGGUGGUGGACGUGCCGGGCAACGUCUGCGGGGUGGACGUCGCGGCGGCGGUCGCCUACUGGAAGCGCCGCGCGGCGGCGGCCGACGGGGAUGCGUUCGACGGCGAGUUCAUCGGCGGGCUGACCCACGACGCGAGGAUCGAGCUCAUCGUCGCCGCGCACCACCUCGCCGACAACGCCCUCUUCGCCCUCCUCACCUAGAUUUCUCGCUGCUGCUUAAUCCUAAAAUUAAUUCUACCUCCAAAUCGUUCCGUUUCAUCUCUUGAUUAGUAGUAUCAGUAAAAUUUAGUCCUUUUCCGUUUCUUUAGAGUAAAAAAGUUAGUCUUUUUUCUACCAAAUCCAGCAACUACAAAGAUUGUGUUUUGGAGUUAGGUUUACUAGAUUAGAUAUGAUGUCUAUCUGGAUCCGCUGUUUUUAUUUAUUUUUUGUGUUAUUAAUUACCUUUGAAUAGUAAGUUAUCCAGGUCAAUUUUGUUUGUUUGAUUGAUUCGGGAGGAUUUCUGGUUAGUUCCGUGAAUGACGCAAAUUAAAUGAAAAUA